GUGGUGAGGGGCGGGGUGAGCGCCCCGCGGCCUUGUCCCACCCCAAACCCGUUGGGAUGUCUGGCGGAGCGUGCUUCCCGCUGGCCGACGCGCCACCCCCGGCCCUGGCCAUCCUCCAGGAAGCGGCAGCGCUGAACGGAGGCUGGGGAGAGUCCAGCUCAAGCUCUGACUGCUCAGAUGCCUCAGAUGAAUCGGAUAGCUCUCAGGAGGAAGAGGAGCCUCUGAAGGAAGAGGUGCCAGCUAGCGGCACGAGGCUACGGAGUGGACAGGGGCUCGUCCGGCAGCAGCGACAUGACGGGGAAACCGACGGCGGCGGAGCCGAGGGCGACGGCGACGGCUCCGACUCGGCGCCCGGUGACGAGGAGGGGGCUCUCACGAGGGCGCGGCGCUCUGCCGGCAGGAGCCAGCGUCCGCCGCGUGGAUCGCAGGAGACGUGCGAGCGAACGGGCGCGAGCCCGGCGCCGGCCGGCGCGGCGCGCGACCACGACGAGGCGUUUGCCGGGCGCCCGGCUCUUGAAAGGCACGGGGGCAAGAAGCACGCGGCGGCGGCGGCGGCACCACGCACGAAGGCGCGCAGCCUGCAGUGCGAGGUGUGCAACAAGAAACUGGCCUCCUACAACGGGCUGUGGCGGCACCGCAAGACGCACACGGGCGCGCGGCCCUACCCGUGCGACGUGUGCGGCAAGAAGUUCUCGCGCCUGUCCAAUGUGACGCGGCACAAGCGGCAGCACUCGGGCGAGGCGCCCAGCAUGCCGCUGCAGUGCGCGCAGUGCGGCAAGCGCUUCCCCUACGCGUCGGCGCUGCGCGUGCACGCCCGCGCCCACACGGGCGAGAAGCCCUACAUGUGCGAGAGCUGCGGCAAGAUCUUCUCGCACACGUCGGCGCUCAACGAGCACAGGCGCACGCACACGGGCGAGAAGCCCUUCGCCUGCGAGGUGUGCGGCAAGCGGUUCUCGCGCAACUCGGUGCUGGUGCUGCACCGCAAGAUCCACGUGGGCGAGAAGGCGUUCAUGUGCGACGAGUGCGGCAAGGAGUUCCUGCUGUUCUCGCACCUCGCGCUGCACACGCGCGUGCACACGGGGGAGAAGCCCUACAAGUGCCUGGAGUGCGGCCGUGCCUUCGCGCAGUCGUCCAACCUCACCAAGCACAUGAGGACGCACACGGGCGAGAAGCCGCACAAGUGCGAGGUGUGCGGCAAGGGAUUUUCGCAGGCACGGCACCUCCUGCGCCAUGUCGCCACGCACUGCAGCUGAAGCGCGUGGGCCCCAAGUGCCACGUGGCAACAACGCGGCUGCUGAUGAAAUAAGGAUUCGUCAUCGAUUAACGUCAAGCGUUUUCUGGAUUUAUUUUUUUUGCGUGCUUUUUUUCACCAAUUAUACAGCGUUUGUGGUACUGGUGGCGUGACAAAGAACGUGUCACUUGGGGAAGGCUCAGACCGGAGGAUCUAAGGCUGGGAAUGCAGAUUCGAACCCAAGAUUUCAGCAUUGCCGAUGGCUGCACGAUACAUCCAUCGGAUCAUUUGUGUAAGAAUCAGUUGUUUUCAAGCCACAUGGUUUUAUACCACUACAGCUUCCACUUGCACCGUACGGGCAAAAACAGAAAGGGGUUUGUGAAUCGAACCUUGACCACGAAGCGUGACAGUUUUCUUGAGUCAUGGCAGGUGCGAAUCGUUAAGUCGUCCCAUCAUACUUGACUGGCAUGACGCACGGUCGCUGUGAAUGUCAAGACUGAUGUACACAACACUACGACGUUGCACUUUUUUAGGUGUGUUUAUUAAUAUUGUAGCUUGCCUGGUGUCUGUGUUUGGGAAUGUAGUGGUUACAAGCCAUGUAGGAUCGGUGAUGCACGGCGCGCGUAUUCAUGUAUAGUUAUUGCCGUGUGCAUAGCGCUAACAUCCACGCGCUAUAAUUUCUUUACAGUGGAACGCGUGGACUCGCCAGUUUCCCAGCACAGCUUUUUUUCCUUUUUGACACGAUGCCUGCUCCCUCAUCGCGUUUAAUAAAUACCCGUUGCCACCGCUGCGGGGCCGGGUUUUGUGCCAAGA